CAACGGCUGACGAGCGGUUAGCAAAAACUUGUUGAGCGUACGCGAAUGUAACGGCAAACGGCAUAGUCAUAGGAGCAAGGUUUAGCGACAUGAAGUCCACUGAAUGCGUUUUAGUUUACAUUUAUUCGUUGUGGUGACAAGAGUGAAUAUUCGUGCCAUCCCUGCUUGUUUUGGUGACUUGUUGGCUGGUGUAUUCGUCUCCUGAGUCAAACUAGCGUUGCUAGUGGAUAACCGCAGGCGGGCAGAUAACAUCAGAAAACAACCGUGGUGUGGUGCUAAGCGUUCAAGAAAUUCUUAUUUGGAUAGUUCUGGAUCUAUAGGAUCGACACGAGACACGGUUCGGUUGGUGUGCUUGUUUUGUGCCAAGUACCGGUUGCAACCAGUGGCCCUUCGCCUUUUGCCCAGUGGGUGACAGAUUUUCACGGUUUCUCGCUUGGCGGCCGGUAAAAAUAACUCGAAAAAUUGCUAGAAAGUAGCAAGUAUAGUCGAAGUUUCACUUGGUGCUACAGAACGCAUCGAACCGCGAACGAGAAAGGAAAGUGUCAAAUCAUACAAGUUUAUCAGAUACUGUCACCUACGAUCAUAUUGUGCUGAUUCACUGGUCAGAAAACAGAGAACGCAAGUGUAUUCAAAUAGUGCUUGAGUGCGAUCAUCGUCUAAUUGAAUCUAAAUUUGUGGUCAAAAGGAAGAUUAACCUAAUUCUAAAGUGACUGCGACGUUGUCGGCUGGGUGCGCGAUACACGGCGACUGGUGACCAGAGUUACCCAAGCGUGGAAAGCUUUGGGAUAAAUCUGUGUAGGAACAUCAUCAAACAUCGAUCCAUCUGCUAACUUCACUCGAAUCACACAGGGUCAACUGGCGUGCAUCAGCAAACAGAUUAGUCGCUAAACCUGUUAGUAUUAUGUCCAAUUCGUAUGUGACGUCCAGUUCGAAACCUACCUCACGAUGGAAGCGCUUCGUCAAAUCAAACUUACUCACCUUCCUCACGAUAGUCGGUGUAUUCGGUGGCACGGCACUGGGUCUACUGUUGAAGAAUAGUGGCGAACCAUGGACGGAACGAGAAGUGAUGUACAUUCAGUACCCGGGGGAUCUAUUUUUACGGAUGCUUAAAUGUCUAAUCGUGCCACUGCUAGUGUCAUCCAUCACGAGCGCCAUUGGAUCGCUAGAUCUCAGUAUGUCGAAAAAGAUCGCCGCCAGAGCAAUCAUCUACUACUUCACCACCACGGUCAGCGCGGUAAUUUUAGGUAUCAUACUGGUAACUACGAUAAGGCCCGGAUCUGGGCAAAGUGCGGAGAGUAUGAAAGGUAAAGCUGCCACCCGGCAAGUCCUUACCGUCGAUACGCUUCUAGAUUUAAUCCGAAAUCUUUUCCCACCAAACAUCAUCCAGGCGACUAUGUUCCAGUUUCGCACAGUACUAGUAGCACCGGCAAAUGCAACUGAUGUUCCACUAACUGAGUACAAAAUCAAAUCCGAAUUCACCGAGGGUACCAAUGUGCUUGGAAUGGUAAUGUUCAGCAUAGUGCUUGGCGCUUGCAUCGGCAAGAUGCGGGAAGCUGGCAAACCCCUGCAGGCAAUGUUCGAAACGAUGAGCGAGGCUAUGAUGAUUAUCACAUCUUGGGUUAUCUGGAUAUCGCCACUCGGUGUGUUCUUCCUUGUAGCCGCCAAGCUGCUGGAAAUGGCUUCGUUCGUGGAGGUGCUCGGUCUGCUCGGAUGGUACUUCAUAACCGUUAUCGUUGGGUUGGUCGUGCAUGGAUUUGGAACAAUCCCGUUAAUCUUUUUCGUGUGCACACGAAAACUGGCGUAUCCUUAUAUCGGUAAAAUGAGUCAGGUGCUGGCCACCGCUUUCGGUACCGGUUCCAGCUCGGCAACUAUGCCAAUCACGAUCCGGUGUUUGGACAAUUUGGGCAUGGAUCCUCGUGUGACACGUUUUGUGAUUCCGGUAGGUGCCACCAUCAAUAUGGACGGAACGGCACUUUACGAAGCUGUUGCCGCCAUAUUUAUCGCUCAGCUAAGACACAUCCCGCUUUCAUUUGGGCAUAUAGUUGCUGUAAGUGUCACUGCCACUGCUGCUUCGAUCGGUGCAGCCGGUAUCCCACAAGCUGGCUUGAUUACCAUGGUUAUGGUGCUGGAUACCGUUGGACUGCCUGCUGAAGAUGUGACAAUCAUUAUCGCUGUCGAUUGGUUGCUUGACCGAUUCCGUACCACCAUAAAUGUAAUGUGUGACGGUUUAGGUACAAUUCUGGUGGACAUCCUUUCUAAGAAAGAUUUGGAAUCUGCUCCCAUCAACAAUAUUACGUACUAAAUUAGAUAUUAGCAACUGACGUGUGACGCCGAACCCCAUGAACUAGUUGAACUGCGGCACGAUUGCAACGAGAAAGAGUAGAGCACCUCCGACGUCACCCCGUGUCGACACUCUAAUUGGCCCCUUCCCUCCUGAGAGUACCGAUUUUCGGUUAAUUGUAGCAACUGUUGUAAAGCAUGUAAAGGGACACUUUCAAAAUCAAAAUAGCAGUCUUGUUCUACGUACUCGCAAUCGCCUGUGAGCACGUGCUAGACUAGAGUAAAGUUAACGAAAGACCUUUUCCUUAAGAGAAGGGACUACAUCUCCUUCAAUGUCACAGUCAUUGGCGAUUAUACCUAAGUGGUUGGUAGGGGACGAGAAAGAAAAAACAGUCAUCGACAUCUGUUCCGAUUUUUUUUAGUGUGUGGCGUUUUAUCCCUCCACGUACGAUCGAAAAUGUUCGCCCAUGCAUGUGCCGAAAAUUCCAAAAAUGUUCAACUGAAAAACACAUUGACGGCAGAGUUUGUCGAGCCCUAGAAAAUAGAAGAUACAAUUUGUUCGAGCUUAAGCCUAACGUAGUGUCAGUGUUAAUUAACUGUAUGAUUAAAAAUACUUACAAAUAUAUUUUAACAGUUAACGUUUUGUACAUUAUCUCGUUUUUUUUUAUUUUCACCAUUCGCUCUUAAGUUUUAGACGCCUAGCGCAUCAUCAGAUUUAAUGGUUAGUGCAAGUAGGCCAAGCCACUUUUGGUUUGUAGAACGAAUAGGUAACUAAUAUAUAUGACAGAACAAAAAAAAACAAUCGAACAUUUCGAAUUUUGGUUGAGCGUUUUCUUAAGUGACAAGUAAAUUAAAAAAAAUUGCGGUCGUAAAUAAUCAAAAAAAUGUUAUCUAAAUGUUGUAUUCAAAAAUUCGAAUAAAACCACGGUUGGUAAAGGCCGUAGCGAAAGAAAACAAUAAAUAUCUAAUUAAAAAUAAUAGAUAA